UUAAAAGGGUUAUGUUUAUUUUUGUUCAUGUGAUCGGCUAGUUUUGAAUAAUUAUUUUGGUUAGUUUUUUAUAUUAUUUUAAUAGAAAAUACUAUGUGCAUUGGACAAUGAGCAAUUUUAAUCAUUCCAUUAAAGUUCCUAAAUUGUAUAAAUGUGCAGCUAAAAUAUGCCAGGAGGUCGCUGGAGGUGGUGGCAGUAUAAAACAUUUGAUUUAUGAGAAAAAACAUUUUAACACAAAGGCUCUUUAUGCUCUAGUAGUAACAACAUUUCAGAGAGCUCAGGAAAUUGACUUGUUACUUAAGAGAACUAAAUUGUUUGAGAAAGAACCACGUUUAGAACCAUGGCUCGCAAAAGUUUUCAUAUCAGAAUUAAUGUGGGGCAAGAAAAUAUUACCUAAAAGUGAAGCUAAACCAGUUCAGACAAUACUAGCUUAUGAACAAGCUUUUAAAGCCCACCUCAGUGACUCUUCUGUAAACCAUAUUGAAGGAAAUAUAAUUGUUAAGAAGCCACGAUAUGUGAGAAUAAAUACAUUGCUAACUUCAUUUAAUGAAUCACUGGAGCUUUUUCAAGAGGAGGGGUGGGUUUUACAACAAAUUAAAGACCAUCAGAAUUAUGAUAGUUUCAUAGAGCAAGUAUCUUUGUUGGAGGGUGACUUAUUUCUUCGAGAUAUUCAUAUUUCUGAUUUAUUAAUUUUUCCUCAUGGUACACAAUUUUAUAACCAUCCAGGCUAUAAACAGGGAGCGAUUAUUUUACAAGAUAAGGCAAGUUGUAUACCCGUACAUAUCUUAUCCCCACCACCAGGAAGCAUAAUUUUGGAUAUGUGUGCAGCACCUGGAAUGAAGACUACACAGUUAGCUGCAUUAAUGAAAGAUGAAGGCACCAUCUAUGCCGUUGAAAGGGACCCCAAACGAUUUGACGUACUAAAUAAGAUAGUUGAAACCUCAGGUUCAAAAUGUAUUAAGGCGAUAAAUAAAGAUGUGCUGGAGUGUAACAGUUCUGAUUUUCCAGAUGUUGAAUAUAUUUUAGUCGAUCCAAGCUGUUCUGGAUCAGGAAUGGUUGAUCGUGUAGAAAUGACAUUAAGCAAAAAUAAUGCAAGAUUGGAGAAGUUGGCUGGAUUUCAGAUCAAAAUUUUAAGAAGCGCAUUAACUAGAUACCCUAAUGUUAAGAAGGUUGUAUAUUCUACUUGUUCCUUGUAUCCAGAAGAAAAUGAAGACGUAGUUAGGCAAGUUUUAGAGACAAACAAUGAGUUCCGAUUAGUACCAGCCGAUACUUUUAUCAAUAAAACAUGGAAAAAUUUCGGUUCGCCUGAUUUUGGAGAUAUAGGAAAAUUUUGUUUGUACGCUAAGCCAGAAGAAGAUCUAACCAAUGGAUUUUUUGUUGCUGUUCUUGAAAGGUGCAAGGAAGGAGAGUACAAUCAGUUUUUCAAUGGGAGGAGUUUAAAAUAUAUGAAGAAACAUGAAAGAAAUGAAAAAAGAAAGAAGGAAAGACAUUUAGAACAGACAAAGGAAAAUAUUGAUGAAGCAAAAGUUAGUACUGAAUUAGUAAAUCUGGAUGAAAGUGAAGGAAGAAAAAUUAAAAAGAAGAAGAAAAAAGAUAAUAGUGAAAAUAUAGGCGAAAUAAAUGAAAAUAUUGAUGAAAUAGAAGACAGUACUGAAUUAGUCAAUCAGAAUGGAAAUGAAGGAAUAAAAUUUAAAAAGAAGAAAAAGAAGGAAAAAUUAGAGAAAAAUCUAGAUCAUAUAAAUGAAAAUAUUGAAGAAAGAAAAGACAGUACUGAAUUAGUAAAUCAGAAUGAAACUGAAGGAAUAAAAAUUAAAAAGAAGAAAAAGGAUAAAAAUUCAAAUCAGGAAACAUUAUAUGAAACAACUGAAGAGACACUUGAACAAGAACAAUUAGAAUUAAAUUUGAAUCAGAAGAAAAAGAAAAAUAAGAAACAUAAAGAACAACAACAAAAUACAGACGAUGUUGAAAUUACUGAAAUAAAUAUUAAAGAAGAUAAAAACGAGAAAAAUAUUGACACUGAAAAGGUGUCAAAAAAUAAGAGAAAGAAUGAGGUUGAAAUAACUGAUGCGUUUGUUACUACAAAAAAGAAGAAAAAUCACAAGAGUAAAGAUAUCAAUGUAGAAAAUGAAGUGGUGGCAGAAGAUAAUUUUCUUGGUGAUAAACUCAAAAAGAAAAAGCGUAAAGUAGAUAAAUUAGACAGUUUAAAUGAUACAGAUUAUAGCAGUAAAAUGAACAAUGAUAAUAAUGAAAGUUUAAAGAAGAAAAAAAAAGUUUAAUUUUGUUUUUAGGUGUUUAUUUUUUAAAUUUUGUCUAUA